ACCGCUCUUCGAACACGGCAGUCCACAGCUAAGAUACCGGUAUUGCAUACAACCCAGAUGCGGGCAAAAUUAUAGUACUUGUACAGUACAGGAUGAGUGCCGUACGAGUGCCGGUUCUCGAGAAAGUGUAGAUCCUUCUCCUUACAGGACUCGAGUACUCGAGUACGAGUACAGUACGAGUACCAUGUUUCUUCUCUCUCCCCCAUUACGUCACAUACACACACAGAAUGGUUAUCGUGGUGGCCGUGGUUUGCCUGCUUUCCCCUCUGAUUCGGUCUUGUCAAGCCUUGUGCCACUCCGCCAUUCCAUCGAACCCUCCCCCUUCCACCGUACGAAAAGAUUAGCCUAUCGCUCUACGUCAUUGGGUGGUGAGCCCUUCCCUCCCCCUUCUGUGCCCUGUCCAUUUUGCUUACCUACUCGUUUCCUGCCCUCCACCGUCCGUAUAACUUGAUUCGACAUGUUCAGGCUCUCGCUGUUGACACUCUCGCCAUCGAGAUCCGGGGUGAGGACUCAGGCUCGCAGAUUCCCUUUCCCAUACAACAGAUACACACCGACCCUUAAAAAAUUUUCCGCCAUGUCCAACGAGGAUGCAGAGUACGCUGCUUUUCUGGCCAAGUCCAGCCAGGACUAUUCCAAGCCGAGUGGGGGUGUGGGUGCGUCAACGACGGCCAGCGAAGAAGUCGUCAAGACCUCGGUGCCUGAGGGGGUCCACCCCGCCAUCAAUGCACUUAAAGGAAAAACUUACACCUCCGAUGCCGACCAAGAGUUUAAACCCGUUUCGCUGGGAUAUGAGGGUAAUGGAAUGCCCGGUGAAGGUUUCUAUCGCACCCUCCCCUCACGUGCGACUUGUGUGUGUGAUGGCCGGAGCUUGCCUGCUGACUUGCGUGGCACGCGACAGAGGAAUUCGCUAAAGUCCUGAACCCUCCGGCCGGCUCGGAGAUCAAAGCGAUGGACCUGGGCUAUUGGGACGUGCACAACGACUACGAAGACGUCCGUGACGCUGUUGUCGCCGUAGCCGGGGGGAAUGCUUCGCUUGUAAAAGCGUAUCGGGUCUCAGGCCGUGGAGCGCGAGCUGAAUAUUAUGUUCUUGGUCUGGCUAAAGAGAAGAAAGUUCUGGAGGGGGUUAAAGUUUUGGCGGUGGAGUCCUGAGAAGUUUGGGGGCGGGGUUUCAUAUCCGGCUUUUCUUUUUGUGUACUGUACCAGUACUUGUAGGCCUGGAAGCUGCUUCUCUGUUUUUCCGGCAGAGUGAAAAUCGCGCAAUUCUCAGCACUUUGCAGCCAAGUUACACAAGCCUCACGAUCCUCAAUUACAUUGGCGCGCUCAAGCAUGGCUUCCUUGAGUGAGGCUCUAGACACCGACAAGCCGGCAACCUCCUCUAUGCCAAUGCCAAGCCAAUGCCAAGGGGGAAUAAAAACCGAGGUCCCGGUUUAGACCAAUUAAGAAGCGAAAUGCUCUGGUGCCUGGCAGCUCACGAACACCCCAGGGCAUCCAUUCAAGAUGUUGACUGGGACUUGGCGGGAAAGGUACAAGUAGGGUACCCCGCGGAUAGUCCAUGUUUUCGUACACGACAGGGAUAGCUCACCAGCAGAAUAGCCCCUGUCGUGUACAAGUGCGAGAACAUCUCCCCGGGUACCUGUAAGUAUCCCAAGGGGUGGAAUCUACCAAAUAGAAACUAUUCGACCCUGCAGGCAGAAUACAUGCUAAAGCCCUUACCACCACUCCCCAGAAGGAGGACAGGGUUCGGCCUUCUGGUAAAGAUGUUAUAAGUACAGGGCCGAAGUACCGUAGACCCCACGCCCUUCAAACCCCUACUAGCGAAAUCCUCUAAUUUAAUGGUGAUACGAGCAAGGAAGCGACUAUCUCCGGUAGGGGAAAAGAAUGAUGCGCUAGAGCAGGAACCCUCUCUUAAUCCUGCAAGGAGGAAAAUUUUUCAGAACGAAAUCCGCCCCGGCCGGGGGGCUAGUCAGAAAAACCUGCAGUAGGGGAGACUGGGAUCACCAUUUCAACUGGAAACACGGCGAUAGGACACCCUAUAAGAAGGGGGAUUUCGUGCUUUUUUUUUGGUAUCAUACUUGGAACAUUUAGGACUAAAAGAUUGUAAAAGUGAUUGAAGUUGACUUGUUGGAUUAUUUCUAACCGGAUACAUGAUCUUUGUAGAUAUUUGUAUAAUUUUUUAGAUAAUAAUAUUAUGAAAUCAUACUAGUGAAAACUU